UUCAUAUUUUUGAGGACGUCGACAAGAGAGAGGAGCUCCCAGUAGCGUUACGAGACGAGACGGAGAAGAAGAAGAAGAAAAAUAAUAAGAAGAAGAAGCAGAAGAAGCAGAAGAAGCAGCAGCUGCUUCUAAAUAAAACAAUCUACUAGAAACAGAAGAAGAAGAAGAAAAAGACAAGAUGGUGGCUAAACAGAGGAUCCGGAUGGCGAACGAGAAGCACAGCAAGAACAUCACUCUGAGAGGAAACGUGGCCAAGUCAGUGAGGAGUGUCACUGAGGAUAAAGGAGUUGGUCCGUGGCUUCUCGCUCUCUUCAUCUUCGUCGUCUGUGGAUCAGCCAUCUUCCAGAUCAUCCAGAGCAUCAGAAUGGGCAUGUAAUGAUGUCACAGGCAGGGGGCGGGGCCAGACGAUCAACCCGCCCCCUAACCUGAACCAACCGGAACAUUCCUGGCCUCUGACAACCGUCUGCAGCCCACAGACAACCAAACACACCCACAGGCCCUGCCCCCUGGAGCCCUGGACCCGCCCCUUGGACCCCCCUUAUCUGUGUUGAUUUAAGGCCUCUCUGACCUUCUAAAAGCCUCACAUGUGCCUUUCUGUGUUUACCUGUGCUUUAGCCCCGCCCCUUCUGAUUCCACCUUAUCAGCUCACGGGGGGGGCUCAUAGUCCACCUGGUUCAGGACCAACGUUAUUCAUCCAAUCUGGACUCUUUACAUUCCAGCUGCAAUUCUGAUCUGAGAUCUGCCCCCCCCAUAGAGAUGAUGAAGGUCUUUUGAAUCAGAAGGUUUGAGGUGUAGAAGGUGUGUUUGCACCGUGUGCAGCGUCACCUGAUCCAUUGUGUUCAUUAAUAAAGUUUCAUUUGAAGAAGGAC